GGGUUUGUCGGCAGCGGAGCCGGAGCGGAGCACGGGAGAGGCCGGGAGCGGGGCACGGGGCCCGCAGCGGGACCGGAACCGGAAACGGGACCGGAAACGGGACCGGAACCGGAACCGAGCGAUGCCGAGCAAGAAGAAGAAAUACAACGCCCGGUUUCCGCCGGCUCGCAUCAAGAAGAUCAUGCAGACGGAUGAGGAGAUCGGGAAGGUGGCGGCUGCUGUUCCCGUCAUCAUCUCCCGUGCCCUGGAGCUGUUCCUGGAGUCCCUGCUGCGCAAGGCCUGCCACGUCACCCAGUCCCGUAAUGCCAAGACCAUGACCACAUCCCACCUGAAGCAAUGCAUUGAACUGGAGCAGCAGUUUGACUUCCUAAAGGAUCUGGUGGCUGCGGUCCCGGAUAUGCAGGGGGAUGGAGAUGAGCCCCAUGGCGAUGGGGAGAGGGGGCCCCGAAGGGGUCGUCGCCCUGGAGCCGCCCGGAAGAACGGGGGUCCCGGUGGGAAGGGGAAGGAUCCCAAACAGUCGGGAACGGACACGGAGCAGGAGGAGGACACUGAGGACAGUGACAGCGAUGGGGAGGAGGAGCCCCCGCCCCCCCCCCCCCGCCCCCCACCCCUUGUUCCCACAGCCCGGGGGGGGCCCUUUGCCCCCCUGGGGCCCCCCCCAACGCUGCCGGGGGGGGGGGGGGGGCUCCCCCUGGCCCCUGCCCCCCCCCGGGCCCGAGAGGAGGAGGUUGAGGAGGAAGAUUACGACUCCUGA